AUGACGACGCAAAUACCCAUGAUCUCGGUGCCCAUGAAGCAGACCAGCGAGAUCGACUGGAUAGCCCCGCUGAAGCAGUACAUACGCGCCACGUAUGGCGACGACCCAGAGCGCUACUCGGAGGAGUGUGGCACGCUGAAUCGCUUGCGUCAGGAUAUGAGAGGCGCUGGCAAGGACAGUGCAGCAGGCCGGGAUUUGCUCUACAGAUACUACGGGCAGCUGGAACUGCUCGACCUGAGGUUUCCGGUGGAUGAGAACCACAUCAAAAUAAGUUUCACAUGGUUCGACGCCUUUACACACAAACCAACCUCUCAGUACUCCCUCGCAUACGAAAAGGCCAGCAUCAUCUUCAACAUCUCAGCCGUCCUAUCUUGUCACGCCGCCCACCAGAACCGCCACGAAGAUGUUGGGCUCAAAACCUCGUACCAUUCGUUCCAGGCCUCCGCCGGCAUGUUCACCUACAUCAACGAGAACUUCUUGCACGCACCCUCGACCGACCUCAGUCGCGAGACUGUCAAGACUUUGAUCGCCAUCAUGCUGGCACAGGCGCAAGAAGUCUUUCUGGAGAAGCAGAUUGCGGACGGCAAGAAGGUCGGCUUGCUGGCAAAACUUGCCAGUCAGGCCGCUUUUCUGUACACACAGGCAACGGAAGGGGCGCAGGAAAACGUUACGAACGCUGUGUUCGAAAAGGUCUGGCUAUUGGUUUGCCAGAUCAAAUCGCACCACAUGGCUUCGCUAGCCCAGUACUAUCAAGCUCUGGCUGACGAUGACGCCAACAUUCACGGCGCAGCCAUCUGCAGGCUACAAGUCGCCGAAGCGCAUGCCAAAGACGCCAAUCGAGCAGCCCACAGCUUCCCCAACAACGCGCCAGCCAACUCGAACCUAACUUCAGAGACUGGAGGCAUACUCGCAGAGAUGACGAAGAAACACCUGACCAACGUUCAGGAAAAGCUGCUAGAGUUUGGCAAAGACAACGACUUCAUCUAUCACCAAGGCAUUCCGAAUGAAGCGGCCUUGACACCAGUGCCCAAGAUGCCUGCGGCCAAGGCGAUACCCGUCAGCGAGUUAUACCAGGGUCAGGACAUUCAGAGAAUCAUCGGGCCAGAUAUCUUUCAAAAGAUUGUACCUCUAGCCGUCACUGAAUCGGCUAGUCUGUACGACGAAGAGAAGGCCAAGCUUAUACGGGCUGAGAGCGAGCGUGUCGAGGUCGCCAACGACGAGAUGGCCGCUAGUCUCGACUAUCUCAAGCUACCUGACAGUCUCAAUGUGCUGCGAGGAGGCAUGGACCAAGAUAUGAUGGUGGAUAACGACUUUCGAAAGUGGUGCGAAGAGCUCGCUGGGCAUCAAUCAUUUGGCCCUGCGUUCGAACAACUGGAAAGGGACAAGACCGAGAUAAUGAACUCUCUCGAUGCCAGUAUGAAGCAAUUAGACAUGGAAGAGAGUGUCUGCGAGAAGAUGAGGUCCAAGUACGGAUCCGAGUGGACACAGCAACCUAGCUCGCGGUUAACCUCGACAUUACGAAACGAUAUCAGAAACUAUCGAGGGGCAAUUCAAGAGGCGAGCACCAGCGACGCACAGCUAUACAACACGUUUAGGCAAUGUGAGGCCGACUUUGACGAGAUGCGUUCAGCUGGUGAGACAGAUGAAGCCGAUGUGUUAUAUUCCCGGGCUAUGGUCAAGGCAGGCGCAAGCAAGGGCAAAAGCCCUAGGCCAAUGGAAGGCAACCUUAUCGAUGAUGACAUUGACGAGGGUCCGUCAGUCACCGAUCAAAUAGCAGCCGUCGAGGAUAUUCUACGGAAGCUGAAUCUUGUAAAGAAGGAGAGGACCCAGAUACUGAAGGAUCUCAAAGACAAGGUUCACUCUGACGACAUCUCUAACGUACUCAUCCUCAACAAGAAAGCCAUUGCGAAUCAGGAGUCGCAAUUGUUCAAAGCUGAGCUGGAGAAGUUCAGACCACAUCAAAAUCGUAUACUGCAAGCCAAUCAUAAACAAGCUUCGUUUUUGAAAGAGCUGACCCGGACUUACUCCGAUCUGCUGAAAGACAAGCGUGUGCGAUCUGAGCAGAGCAAAUACGAAGCCUUCUCGCGGCAGCGAAACACAGUUAUGACGAAGUAUCGCAGAGUGUAUCAAAGUUUCAAUGACCUCGUCGCUGGCUUGAUGCGCGCCCAAAGCUUCUACACGGAGAUGAAAGACACCGUGCUAAGUCUGCAGAAGAAUGUUGAGACGUUCGUUAACAACAGGCGGAGUGAAGGCGGACAGCUACUGUCGAAGAUUGAAGAGCGAAACAAGACACAAGGUGCAGACCAGGAACAACAACGGAUGAAAGACCUUAUGGAGAGAAUGUCCUUGGAGCCUUCGGGUUCGCCGGUAUCACAAGGUGGAGGUCGCAAGAAGAGCAUACCACCACCACUGUCUUCUACACCGGGCUACCCAUCAAGUUCGGGGGCUGGCCAUCCUGCUUAUAACCCCGCGGCUUCACCACCAGUCACACCGCGCUACCCGAUGACCACAGGCCCAGGGCAACAAUACAUGUCGCCACAGCAGUCCUAUGGUCAACCGUCGAACGGCUACAACCAGCAACCACCUCCGCGUCGAGAGAGCUACCAACAACAAUACCCUACACAUCAGUCCCAGAACUCUCAGGGCUCCUCGGCUUACAAUCCCGCGGUUCAAAACCAAUACAACCCGGUCUCCCCACCGGCACAUCAACAAUUCUUCUCCCCGCCACCUGCACAGCAUCAGCAGCAUCAGCCAUGGGGUCAACCCCCUCCAAACCAGCAACAACAAUGGGGUGGUACACCUCAGAACAAUCUACCACAGGGUUAUGUUCCACCGCCACCUCCCCCGGGACCGCCACCGAGUCACAAUCAGCAAGAUUACAGUCACUUUAGCCAAGGAGGGUAUCCGAAUGGACCUGGCGGAUAUGCGAACCAGCAGAGGCCAGCGCAAGGACAGAAUGGCAAUGACCCAUGGGCAGGGUUAAGUGGCUGGAAAUAA